AUGAGUGAUCCCCACGUCCUCGUUAGUGACAAAAAGUCUCAUAAUAAAGAGCCACAGGAUGUCACCAACGUCCAUUCUGUGGAAGACUCGAAGGUUGAAGAAAGGGUGCCCUGCCACUAUGCUGCCAAAAACACGUACAGGCAUCAUUGGUGGCAGGUUUGGAGGCCCGAAAACCCUCCCCCGCCCCCGGUAGCCGAUAUUGACGAUGCCCCAGACAUUCCGCUGGCUCAUGCAUCUUUCUUCGCGGAGUUAUACUUCACUUGGAUCACGCCCAUAAUGGUUAUUGGAUGGCAGCGAGCGCUACAGAUCGGAGACUUGUGGAAGAUGGACGAGAGUAGGAAGUCCCAGUUGAUGGCUGCUAGAUUGGCAGCGGCCUGGGACGCCCGCGUCAAAUCCGCGAAUGAAUUCAAUGCCCAGAUAGAUGCAGGAAUAAGGCGCCCUGGGCGUUUACGACGACUUUGGUGGAGAAUUCGGCACGGGAAUAAUGAGGAAAAGUUCAAGAAAAUGCAAGAGAUCUGGACGCAAAGGACUAGGAAAUCACCUAGCCUUGCUUUAUCCUUGAACGAUGCAUUUGGUCGACAGUUUUGGGUAUCUGGUCUAUUCAAAGUAGUCAGUGAUAUGGCCCAGCUAUCUGGUCCCCUGAUUUCCAAGUCCAUCAUCAAAUUCGCCCAAGAAAGGUAUUUGUCCAAGCGGGCAGGUGCACCAGGCCCAUCUGUAGGACGUGGCAUCGCAGCCGCCAUAGGCCUCUAUGCCGUAACUGUCAUCCAGUCCUUAUGUCAACAUCAAUGGUUCUGGCGUUCCAUGGCUUCAGGCGCGAUGGCUCGAGCGGCUCUCAUCAACUCGAUAUACACACGCGGUUUGAGUUUCACUCCUCGAUCCCGGAAAGUGCACACAAGUGCAGCACUAGUUAAUCAUCUGAGUGCAGAUAUCAGUCGUAUCGAUUACUUGUUCCAGUGGGCUCAUCCGGCCUGGACGGCUCCUGUCCAGGUUGCCGUAUGUCUUAUUAUCCUUUGUACACAGCUGGGACCCUCUGCGUUGGCCGGGUUCGUUAUUUUUCUUUUGUUAACCCCAAUCCAAGAGAGAGCUAUGUCCGCUCAACUCAAGAUGAGACGUCAUUCAAUGAAGUUUACGGACCAACGUGCCGGGCUCCUUCAGGAAGUUUUAGCUUCUAUGCGCAUCACCAAGCUCUUCACAUACGAACAGCCUUUCUUGAAACGCAUCCGGUCCAUUCGAAAGAUGGAGCUCAAGGGGAUUCGGGGUCUAACGAUGAUGAGGGCAGCGACUCUAGCAGUGGUUUUCUCCAUUCCUUCUCUCGCAGCUGUCCUCGCCUUCGUUGUCUACGCUCUCUCGGGCCACUCGAUGGAUCCUGCAAUUAUCUUUACAUCUCUAUCUUUAUUUACCAUUCUCCGGCAACCCAUGAUGUUCUUACCGCGGUCCCUCGCAGCUAUCACUGACGGCCGGAACGCCCUUGGCCGACUACAAAAAGUGUUCAUGGCGGACAGAAUGGACGAUGCAGAGGAUGCUGACAAGGGGGGACAAGGGUCGAAGGAGAAAUCUCACGCCUUGCGUAUUCUCAACGCUGACUUCCAGUGGGAGACUAUUUUGGAAAGCCAGAUUUCUGUUGGAAAGUCGACGAGCGAGGAAGUGAGAAGCGAUCGCCGAAGACACGCAAAGGAGGACAAAUCAAAGGAGUCCCACUCUAUGCCAGAAGAGCAUAGCGAGCCUUUUGGACUGCAUGAUAUCGAUAUAUCAAUCCCCAAAGGUGGUAACGUUUAUGCCAUUGUUGGUUCAGUUGGUUCGGGGAAAUCCAGUUUGAUGCAAGGGCUUAUCGGGGAGAUGCGUCUGACGAAGGGCAGCGUUUCCAUAGGUGGUACCCUUGCUUAUGCUGCCCAAGUCCCUUGGAUUCAAAACGCUACUCUCCGGGCAAACGUUACAUUUGGAAAAGAAUUCGAUGAAGGAAAGUAUUGGAGAGUCAUCAACCAUGUCGCGUUACUACCCGAUCUUCCGGUUCUUCCUGACGGGGAUCUAACAGAAAUUGGAGAGAAAGGAAUCAAUCUCUCUGGCGGGCAGAAGGCGCGAGUCAACCUCGCCCGUGCUCUCUACAGUGAAGCCGAUAUAGUGGCCUUGGACGAUCCGCUUUCCGCUGUGGACGCUCAUGUCGGCGAGCGUCUUUUCAACGAUGCCAUAUUGGGGCUAAAGGCGGAAGGGAAGACCGUCAUCCUGGUGACGCAUGCACUGCAUUUUCUGCCUCAAGUGGAUUACAUCUUUUGCAUGAGUGAAGGGAGAAUCCGGGAAAGCGGCACUUACGACGAACUGAUGCGAUCUAGCGGUGCUUUUGAGCGACUCGUUCGUGAUUCUGGGAACGAUAAGGCUAAAUCUCAGCAGCUUGGUGAAGAGGAAAGCGAGGAUGACGAACCAGAAUCGAAGCCUCCUGCGGGAGCAACAGGAAGUAGUGACGUCGGUGCGGCCCGUGGAACAGGGAAAAAGGAAGGAUUCCUAAUCAGUACCGAGUUCAGAAGAACGGGUUCCAUCUCUCGCAAAGUCUAUGCCGCUUACAUAGCCGCAGGUGGAGGGGCUCCGAUCAUGGUUGUAAUCCUCCUCAGCGCCUGUCUGAUGCAAGGUGGCCAGCUCCUUACAAGCUACUGGCUUGUGUGGUGGCAAGAAAAUACGUUUAGAAAACAUUCCAGCUUUUAUAUGGGUGUUUAUGCUGGGAUUGGAGUUGGCCAAGCGAUAGCUACGUUCCUCCUCGGUGUAUUCAUGGGCCUGCUCUCCUAUUAUGCGUCGGCAAGGAUGCAUGCUCGUAGCCUUAAAACUAUCUUCCAUGCGCCGAUGUCUUUCUUUGACACCACCCCACUUGGACGUGUACUUUCUGUGUUCGGAAAAGAUAUGGACACCAUUGACAAUACAAUUUCCGAGUCCCUUCGACUGGCCGCUCUUGUGUUUAGCUCUCUUUCUGGGUGUAUCAUCCUCAUCGCGAUCCUCGAACACUGGUUUUUGCUCAUCGUUGCCGUCAUGCUGUGUUUCUACUGUGCUUUAUCAAAGUUUUAUUCGGCAAGUUCACGAGAAAUGAUGCGACUGAAUUCGAUCCUUCGAUCUUCAUUAUACUCCCAUUUUUCGGAGUCCCUAUCCGGCCUGGCUACCAUUAGAGCAUAUGGCGAAACCCCUCGCUUCAUCAGGGAAAACGCUCGCUUGAUUGAUCACGAGAGCUCUGCAUUGUUCCUCACCAUUACCAACCAACGGUGGCUCAGCGUCAGAUUGGACACCUUGGGAGGCACAAUGACAUUUUUAGUGGCUUUGAUGUCUGUUUUCGGAGUAAACGGUGUGUCUCCCGCGCAGAUCGGAGUCGUGCUCACGUACGUUGUGCAACUCACACAAAUCACGAGUGCUCUUACGCGUCAAACAGCGGAGGUUGAGAAUAAUAUGAACGCUGUGGAGCGUGUGCACCAAUACGGUGACACCAAAAUCACAUCCCAAGAAGCGCCAUAUGAAUUACCUGAGGCAGCCCCCCCAGCUGAUUGGCCAAAAUAUGGGGCGAUAUCAUUCAACGCCGUCGUCAUGAGGUACCGGCCAGCGUUGCCACCCGUUCUGAAGGGAAUCCAUUUUGAGGUCAAAGCAAGGGAGAAGGUUGGAAUUGUUGGACGAACGGGGGCCGGGAAAACGUCCCUCACCGCAGCUCUGUUCCGCCUCAUUGAAUUAUCCUCGGGAUCCAUCCUGAUUGAUGGUCUUGACAUAUCGGGGAUGGGCCUCCGUGACCUACGAAGCCGUAUCUCCAUUAUUCCCCAGGAGCCGCUCAUUUUUAGCGGUACAAUUCGGACAAACUUGGAUCCAUUCUCGGAUCACGACGAUGCUUACCUCUAUGAUGCUCUCAGACGAUCCCAUUUUCUAGAUGCAAGUACCAAGGAACGUUUGGAAGGCGACAGCCCAAUAUCUCGAUAUUCUUUGGACACCGUAGUGGAUGUCGAAGGAGCCAAUCUAAGCGUCGGCGAAAGGUCUUUGUUGAGCCUGGCUCGGGCUUUAUGUAAAGACAGCCAGGUGGUCGUUAUGGACGAAGCAACUGCAAGUGUGGAUCUAGAAACGGACGCGAAAAUACAAGAUACAGUGAUGCGGGAGUUCCACCACAAAACGAUACUGUGCAUUGCCCACCGAUUACGGACUAUUAUUUCCUACGAUAGAAUCCUUGUGUUAGACAAGGGUGAAGUAGCUGAGUUUGGUACACCCCUCGAGCUACUUGCUCAAGGGGGAUUAUUCACGCAGAUGUGUCACCGAAGUCGUAUCGGUCGCAAUGAAGUUUUAAGGGCCCAGCCUGCAGUGCACCAAUUGCUCAGAACUCCCUAG